AUGUCAUCGACCAUUAAAGACAGAGUCACAAAGAACAAAUCGGCGCGCCGAAGUGUGGCGAGACGCCAAAUUGAGCAAAUAAAUAGAAAGCUGGGGAAAGAAAACAAGAAGCCUAGGUUGCUGUUGGUAGAGCGCACUAACAAAUUAUCGCUGGCGGAAUUUGUUAAUUCAUAUGUGCCGCCGGAGGACCUCCAAUAUCGUAAAAGUCCUGCUAAGAAUACGGCGCACGGAAAUGAAAACGAGUUGCAUUACACGCUCGAUAUCUACACAGCUGAUUCUCUCCCGACUGCGGAUUUUGAAGCUUGUUUCAAAUUGAUUGAACAAACGUCCUCAGACGCUUACAAGGAAUCUGGUUGGGGAUGGUCCCCGAAGAAAAAGGCAAAGGAGAUGCGACUGCCGGAUAUGAGAUACUUGAUUUUGCGACAGGGUCCGAGAUCAACCGCUAAGGACUUAGAGCAUUCGGCAAGAGAUACGCCAUCCCCCAUCGGACAAUUCCUAGGGUUUACCUCGUUUAUGAUCACGUACGAGGAUGGGAAAGAGGUGGUUUACUGUUACGAGAUCCACCUGUCACCAGCAGCCCAGGGCCAAGGGCUUGGUUCGCAGCUGAUGAAACGGUUGACGAACAUCGGGCGACGCAUUGGCCUAGAGAAAGUGAUGUUGACGGUCUUCAGAUCGAAUGAGGCGGCAGUCAGGUUUUAUUAUAAGAUUGGGUUCACAGAGGACGAGUUUUCCCCACCAGCACGCAUCUUGCGGAAUGGAAUGGUGAAGGAGCCAGAUUAUAUGAUUCUGUCCAGGUCGUUGCGACCCGCUCAACGAUGA